AUGCCAUUGACAUCAGCAGAGCGACAAAAAAGAUAUAGAGAACGUUUAAAGCAAAAUAAUCCUAUUAAAUGGAAUGAAGAAAAGAAAAAAGAUGCUGAGAAAAAAAGAAGAAAUUAUAAAAAGAUUUCUGAGUUAUCAGAGACCGAAAAAGUUAUAAGACGUAAAAUUUGGCGGCAACUGAAACAAAAACAGUUGAAUCACAAUGACAAAACAGACAAAAACUCUAGUCGUAAAAUAUAUAAAGAAAGAUAUUACAGAAUUACCAAAGAAAAUAAAAAGCAAAAAAGAAAAAUAGAUAUAUUGAAAAAGCAUGUAGAUUCUCUAAGAAAAAGAGUUUAUAGAUACAAAUUGUAA